AGCAGCCAGUGCAAGACCAGACUUGAGAGCUCCUGGCCAACAGCUACCAGCAGAGCUGCAGCUUCCAGUGACUGACUCCUCCGACUAUCAAGCCCCCGAGCUAGCUCCAAGGAUUAACCAAGCAGCUGUCUGUCGCGUCGUGUGCCGCGUGUCGUGUUGGUAGUGAAGUGUGCGAGACGAGAAGAGAAGUGAAGUGAACAGAAUGACAUUCAAGCAACGGCAUCUGCAUCCGCUGAGCCUGCUCACCCUCUGCCUGUGCCUGUGCCUCGCCAGCAGAUGCGAGGCGGGCACCGAGCAGAUAAGCAAUUUGUCAGCCGCCAGCGGUGGCAGUGGCGCCACACAGAGUGCCGGGGCACGCACCUUGCUGCGCGUUUACGAUGAGUGCACCCGUGCCGAGGCCGGAUUCGUGCCAUGCCUCAAGAAGAAGGCCAUCUCCUUCAUUGAUCGCCUUGCCCCCAUCGAUGCCAUAAACGUGGCCGACGGCAUCAAGCUGGUGCGCCUGGAGUCGGCGGCCCCACAUCCCGCCGCCGCCGCCGCCGCUGCCACCAGUGAGAACGAGCUGCUGGAAUCCUCGCUGCCACGUUCGGGCAGUGAACGCGACGCCAAGCUGACGAACAUGCUCACCGAGCGCCUCAGCUACUUCUUCAAUGGCCAUUCGCUGCAGGUCAGCUUCCCCAAGCUGACAUCCGAUGAGAUUGGACGUGGUCUCGAGGAAGGUCGCGGCAAAAUGAAGAAAAUGAUGGGCAUGAUGAUGAUGGGCAUGGCUAUGAAAAUGAUGGGCAUGAUCCCCAUUGCCAUGGGCGCCCUAUACAUACUGGCUGGCAAGGCGCUGAUCGUCUCGAAGAUUGCCCUGCUGCUGGCGGGUAUCAUUGGCCUCAAGAAGCUCAUGUCGGGCAAAUCGUCGGGCGGCGGCAGCUCCGGCUGGUCAUCGGGUGGCGGCGGAGGCGGCGGGGGCGGUGGCUGGUCAUCGGGCGGCGGUGGAGGUGGAGGCGGAGGCGGUGGCUGGGACAGGCGCUCCCUAAACGAGGCCCAGGAAAUGGCGUACCGUGCCCACAAAGAGAAAUUGGCGCAUCCACAGCUAUACCAUCAGCAGCAGCAGCAGCAGCAGCAGCAGCUGCAGCCGCUGCAUCCGAAAUCGGCGGCGGCUGCACAGGUGACCAAGUCAUAGGACGACGGUCAUGUGAACACAAUC